AUGGACAACAAGAUCUUUGAUUUGCAACUGCGAGUGCCAAAUAAGCGGUUAUGUGGAUCUUCAAAAGGGUGGUUAAUAUUUGCGGAUUGGAAUUUUGUGGAUAAGAAUCUCGGAGUAACUCUAGUAAAUCCAUUCUUUAGGGUGAAAGGGAGGAGAGAAAAAGAAAAUUCGGUCAUUCGCCUUCCUCCACUAACGCCUCCAGGGUGGAGAAAGUGGGUCAGAGUUCGUCGAAGAAAUAGGGAUGAUUGGGUUGAACGUUGUCAAAAUUAUGUACUCAAGGCUAUACUUUCAGCUGACCCUGCAUCAAAUGCAAACGACUGCAUUGUAGUAGUCAUAUACGAGGAAAGACUUCGGUUGGCUUUUAUUAGACUUGGUAAAGAGACAACAUGGACUUAUAUAGAUGAAAGAGUGGGCACAAGUGUUAGUAGCACUGUUAUUGAUGGCUGCCGUGGAAUUGAAGAAGUUGCUCGAGUUGAAGAUAAGUUCUAUGCCGUUAAUUAUUCGAGCGAACUUUAUUCUUUUAAAGUGACUCCUCAGUCUAGCUCAGAUGUGAAAUUGGCUGCUUGCGGUGUUGAACAAAAAGUCUUCGUCAAGAGAUAUCUUGUGGAAGCAAAAGAAAAAGUAAUUUUGAUGGUUCAGAGAUACAUUAAGUUUGAUCGUGAAGUUGGCAGACGUGUGACAAGAAAAUUUAGAAUUUUUGAAUUGAAUUUGGACGAGCGCGAAUGGAUUGAGAAACACUCGUUAGAUGGUGUUGCUCUCUUCAUCGGAGAUAACUCUUCAGUGUCAGUGUUGGCUUCAAAUUUUCCUGCAUGUCAACCAAAUUUGCAUAUACUUCAACCAUGA